ACGAAGCUAUCACCAAUACUGUCCUGCCUGCAUUUUGGUGUCCAGGCGUAGGUUUGCAGCUCCCGAAAACGACACGAGCGAAGACAAUUGGAUUCAAUCGAUCGAGUCCUCCAUUUAGCCUUUCGCACACUUCGUUACCUACCUAUUUGUGUAGUGUGCGACCUGGACGAGACCCCGCCACGGUCACCAAAAAACCCAAGUCAUCGACCAAAGCCUCCGAUUAUCACACCACAUAUUGCAACUGUCUACGUUAGAAUAGCCUACCGCUACUCCGUCAAAAUGGAUAUCCGCGUCAUUCGGUCCAGCGACAUUCCGCUGAUACAGCACGCCAACCUUGAGAACUUGCCCGAGAACUAUUUCCUCAAAUACUACCUCUACCACGCGCUGUCAUGGCCGCAACUAUCAUACGUCGCCGUCGACGUCUCGCGGCCCAAGAAGACACCAUACGACUACCCCAAGAUCGUAGGCUACGUCCUCGCAAAGAUGGAGGAGGACCCUUCCGACGGCAUCCCCCACGGGCACAUCACCAGCCUGAGCGUGAUGCGCACGCAUAGGAGGUUGGGAAUUGCCGAGAAGCUGAUGAGGCAAAGUCAACAGGCAAUGGUCGAGACCUUUGGCGCACGCUACGUCUCCCUGCACGUGCGCGUGUCCAACCAGGCCGCCAUCCACCUGUACCGCGACACUCUGGGCUUCAAGAACGAAAAGACGGAGAACAAGUACUACGCUGACGGCGAGGACGCCUACUGCAUGAAACUCGACCUCGACUUCAUCCGCGACCAGCUGCGCGAGGAGACCGAGGAGGAGGCCGACGGCGAGGCUCAGGACGAGGGCGAGGCUGUCGGUGACGUUGGCAAGGACCCCAAGACGGCAAAGAAGGGCAAGGCUGGCGAGGAGAAGGAAAAGAUGAGAAAGGUCAAGGUUGGGAGGGCGUUGGGUGUGGGUGAGCUGGUUGAGAGGGUGGAGAGUAAGUAGAGAGGGCCGGGGACUGCUUUGGAUGGGUAUGCAGAUGUUUUCGUACCCAUACCCUGGCACCUUUUCUUGAAAUUUUACGGGUUAUUCAGGCCUUCCCAAAUGGGUCUCUUGAAACUCAUUGGCAUCACCUGCCCCAUUGCUGUAACCAGUGACAAGAAAGACAUCAGCAAAGACGCCAGAUUUGGUGAGCAAAAGUCUAGGCAAGAAAGUUUCUCUACCAGUCACUCCGCUCAGACGACCUGUCCAGCAUAUUUCUGACCAUGAGGACAGGCUCAGAGGGGAACCAUUGGAUGCGCAAAUUACAUUUUUAAGAUCAGUAAGGGAUGUCUAUAUUUUGAUGUUGACUACAAUUAAGAUGAGGGAUAAUCAAAACAGAAUGAAAGCAUACGAUACUGAGGAUUCUCCAAUUAUCACCCAUUUUAAUACUAAGUCUAGAUAGUUUAAAUUGGC